AUGUUGUUGCGAACAUCAAGUCGAGGGCUCUAUAGAGCGAUAUUUAGCUCAAGUCCGGCGCCAGUGCGAAGAGCGCUUUUCACUACAACACCACCGAGGCGCAUCGUUCCUAUCCACAACACGAAUGAACCAGCGUCUCGAUUGUCAGAUAACAUCGCCGUUGAUGACUUAGGGAAUGAUCUUCCCUCGUCGAGAUCGGUCUCGAAAAAUGAAAUCCCGUCAGAUUCAAUGCGGUCGCAGCGAUCACAAACAGCCUCCGGCUCUACUGAAAUGGCUCCUUCUUCUUCACCCCUUCUCCCUUAUCACGUAUCAAGAACCCCUUCGAAUAACCUACCUGUCUACCACGAUACGAGGAACGGGAAUACACGAAAGGAGACCAUUAUACGGAAGAUUUCUGGAGAUGCACGGCCUCUGCGUGAUGCCAUCCGCGAGUUAUUAGGCGUCGAGGCGGAAAAGGUAUGGAUUGGGAAGGUGACAGGGCAUGUGUAUGUUAAGGGUCAUCAUAAGGCAAAGAUUGAAAGAUUUCUGGCAGAGAAAGGUUUCUGA